AUGACAGAUACAAGCGGUGAACAGCAAACCGUCGCUCAAGCUACAACGUUACAUUUUACAUCUACUUUCCCGGUACCUUCCCCGAUGGUUUGCCAGGGAGAUAAAGUAGCCAACUGUGAGUUUUUCAAACAGCAGUGGGAAGAUUACGAAGUCGCCACUGGCCUAGAAAAGCGAGACGCGAAAAUUCGACUAGCCACGCUACGAUCAGUAAUGGGCAAAGAAUGUAUGCAGAUAUUUAUGAAUUUAAAACUAACAGUUGAGGAGAGAAAAGAUAUCGAGAUAUGCAUCGGAGCACUUGAAGCACACUUCAAACCGAAACGAAACGUGAUAUACGAGCGAUAUAAGUUCAACUUAUGUUCUCAGAAUGCAGAAGAGUCCGUAGAUGACUGUUAAUCGCCUCAGAAAACUUGCCUCGUCGUGUCAGUUCGGGACACUGACAGACGAAUUAAUUCGAGACAGGCUCGUGCUGGUAAUUACGGACAGAUCGACUAAAUUACGACUUCUCAAAGAAAAUGGUCUCAACCUAAACAAGGCCGUGAACAUGCGCCGCUCAAGCGAAAUUGCGAACAUACAAUUGAAGUCAAUGUCAACGACAAAAGAAACAGAAGAAGUAUAUGCUGUACAAGAAAAGGGAAACCGCCAUAAGUAUCCGUCAUCCAAAUUCCGAUUGGCUAGCCCGCGAGUUGGUAGCGCUAGCAACAGAGAUAACCAUGGCCAAGGCUGUAAGAAUUUCAAACAAAAAUGCUACCACUGUGGCAGAAAACAAGACCACAAACCUGAGAACUGUCCAGCGUUUGGACAAUCAUGCAAUGCCUGUGGAAAACAAAACCAUUUUGCAGCAGUGUGUCGGAGCACAGGAAACCCAAGAAACACAAGAGACGUGCGAGCCGUGAAACAUACCGGUACCCGUCGAUUCAUCCGAUUCAGAAGAAUCGAUUUUCACAUACGCCCAUGCAGAAUCGAUUUCCGAUACGCCCAUGCAGACGUGAAGAAAUCCUAAGCAAAUAUAAAGACGUAUUCGAAGGUUUAGGACAUAUCGGAGACGCGAGUUUUUCGGUAGAUCCAGAGAGCACGCCAGUGCAACAG